AAGGGAAGUGCAUAAAAGCUCGAAGCGGGCACGCGGCCCGAAGUUGUUGCCUGCACGUUUCCGCUGGCGCAGCAGCUUGGACUCCUUGAUGCCACAGGCCUGGAGAGGCCAUGAGAAAGCCCGACAGGAGCCCCUACCGGGUCAAGCCGUGGAGAAAGCUGAAGAAUAUGGUCCACUGGUCUCCGUGCAUUGUGUCCUUCCGAAAACGCUUCCCAUGGGUGCAGCUUGCUGGCCAUGCAGGCACCUUUAAGGCUGGCGAUUUUGGGCAGCUCCUGAAGAAAUACUGCUCCAAUGAGAGGCAGUGCCUGGAGCGCCUGGCCUGCGACGUCCUGCAGCCCUACGUUCCUGCGUAUUACGGCGUGGCGGAGCAUGACGGGGAGAAUUACAUCCAGAUGGAGGACCUCCUGUCUGGCUUCGACACCCCCUCCGUCAUGGACUGCAAAAUGGGAGUCAGGACCUACCUAGAAGAGGAAUUGCAAAAGGCGCGGGAGCAGCCCUGUCCACGCAGGGACAUGUACGACAAGAUGGUGGCGGUGGACCCAACAGCCCCCUCCCCAGAGGAGCACGCCCAGCGCAGCGUCCUGAAGCCACGCUACAUGCAGUGGAGGGAGACUCUCAGCUCCACCACCACCCUUGGGUUCCGGAUCGAAGGCAUCAAGAAAGCCAAUGGUGCCUGCAGCACAAGCUUCAAGAAGACUCGGCAGCCGGAAGAAGUGGUGCAAGCCGUCUGGGACUUUGUGGACAAUGACCGACGCAUUCUGACGAGCUACCUGCGGCGGCUGAAGGAUAUGCGGCUGGCUCUCGAGCACUCAGAGUUCUUCAAAACACACGAGGUGGUGGGCAGCUCUCUGCUCUUUGUCCACGACCAAUCGGGGCUGGCUCGCGUCUGGAUGAUUGACUUCGGCAAGACAGUGCCUCUGCCUGCAAAACAGACGCUGACACACCGGCUGCCGUGGGUGGAAGGGAACCGUGAGGACGGCUACCUGUGGGGCUUGGACAAUCUCAUUGCCAUCUUAGAGAAGAUGCGGGAUGAGUGAACGGAGGAGAGACCAGACCUCGUCUGUCAAUUCAGUGACACUUUCCUUGGGCAGCUGGAGACCGUGAGGGCACCACCCACCUGGCCCCCUUUAAUUUAUUCAGCCAGAUAUGCUACCACCACCAGCGGGGGGAACUGGAAGAGUUCCUGUUGGUGGCAGAAUUGCUGCUGCCUGUGACUUGCCUACACUCCACCCCCCCACCCCCCGGUUCCAAGUGGGCAAGAACAUCUGGAAUAACAACAACGUUCGAUUUAUAUACCACCCUUCAGGAUGACUUAACACCCACUCAGAGCGGUUUACAAAGUACGUCAUUAUUAUCCCCACAAAACACCCUGCGAGGUGGGUGAGGCUGAGAGCUCUGAGAGAGCUGUGACUGACCCAAGGUCACCCAGCUGGCUUCAAGUGGAGGAGGGGGGAAUCAAACCCGGCUCUCCAGAUUAGAGUCCUGCACUCUUAACCACUACACCAAACUACACCCCCUGGAAGGGGACUUGGUUCAGCCCAGUCAGAGUUGUGCAUCUGUAAGUUAUUUCUUGUAUGAGAAAAACAUGGUUCAGGCCCACCCACCCCCUUUGCUCUGUAACCCCCAUGUCUCUCCCAGGCUGCUACAAUGUGGGGAGAAGCUAAUGAGUUUCUUUGGGGCAUCCCACUGGGGAGUCGUGGAUCUGAUGGACCCAGCAUGGUUGGAGCCAGCAGGUCUACUCAUGGCCCAGGAUGAGCCUCGGAGCACCUGGCAUCUAGGCAAGGCAUUGGUGCAGGCCAGUGCGGCAUUCUGGAAAGCAAAAAGCGGGGGGAGCUUAUCUAAGGCUCCUCCUCCUCCAAGCCCCACCCGCCUCAGCCCAAUUCCAUGCGGCCAGGCUGUUUGUCUUGGCGGGGAAAGGGGGCCUGUCUGCUCCCACUCCGCUCUAGCGCCCUCCCCCAGUAUGGUGGUUACGAAGAGGACCAGCCUUUUCCGCCACCCCAUGGGCCAGGCAAGAGCUGCUUUCUCAGCCCCUCUAGGAAUCAGGGACCCCAACAGCAGCAUAACUUUGACCUCAACACCUUGCAAAAAUGCUCGUCUGUGGUGCUAAACCGAGAAGGGCUUUAACAAGAAGAAAUCUUCUGGAGGGCUUGUUUGAAAUGCAUGGAUGGGAGGAACUCCAUCCUUCUUGGAAAGGCACAGCUCCCUUGUAGUAUCUUUGUAAAUGGUAACACUUCAAACAUUGUUAAAGGGACGCAACUCA